AUGGCUUCUUGGGGUGAGUCCGUUCCGACCCUCCCCCCACCCAAUUUCCAACCCGAUUUCAGAACAUGAGCUCCGUGAGAUGUUCUCUCUGCACGACAAGGACAUGAGCGGCUUCAUCAGCAAGGACGACGUCGUCUGCAUGCUUUUGGGCGCCGAGAAGGACGACAAAAAGGACCCGGUGUUCAGAACGAACCUCAAGUUCCUCAUCCAGGUCAUCAAGGAGGCCGACAAGGACGGAGACUCCAAGAUCACCUUCGACGAGUUCAAGGAGUACAUCAACAAAGUGACCGCAUAA